AUGAGCGGCAGCAACAGGAACGGCAAGAAGGGCAAGGGUGGCGCCGGCGCCCACGCCGCCGCGCGACCUGUGGCGACCUGCAUGGCCGCCGCCAUCGUCUCCGUCGUCGUGCUGCUCGUCGCGGCGUCGGUUCUGCUGUUCCUGCUGUCGCCACCGGCGCCGGGGACCCCGGGGCAGGGGCCGCCCCGCGAGCCGGUGGAGCUGGCGAUCGGCCUCGCCGGGCACGAGCGCUGGCUCGACGCGCUCCGCGCCUGGGCCAAGCUCGCGUGCUUCAAUCUCCGGCCGGCCGAGCCGCGGUACCAUCUGCUGCGGAGCCCGGCGUCGGUGACCAAGAAAACCUUGGAGAUGAGCAUGGAGACGGUGGAGCACUCGGCGGAGUCGGCGGCCAGGGCCACCGAGGAGGCCCUGGAGAGGACCACCGAGAAGGUCAAGAGGAAGGUCUCGCUCUCGCGCUCGCCGUCGGCGCAGCGCCCUGAUGGAGACCUCUGA